AUGGCGAAUGUUGAACGCCACCCACCUUCAGAUCAUGAGCCCUUACCGUUCAGCACCCCUUUGAAGAGAAAGUUUGGGAGCCCUCAUAUAUUCUACAUGGCCCUGCCAUUCGGCAUUACUUGGCAACAUAUUGGGUACCCAAUGCUCAUGAAGAUGGACAUGCCAAUCCAAGUGCAGGCUACGUGGUUCACUUAUAUUCAACUGUUAUUCAGCAAUUCAACAAAAUAA